AUGGCGCCAGGCCCAUCGGAAUGCCUAGGGAACAGCACGGGGCAGAACGGAUCCGUCACCUCCGAGAAAAAUGAUACCAUCUUGACCUUUGGGAGGUUCAAGCUCAGGGGUAAGACCGACGACUUGCCUCAGGACUGGUGGUUUGCGUCCACUGCAAUCCCGCUCGUGGCGGCGACAAUAGGGCCGCUGGCCAAUGUGCUGUCCAUUGCGGCACUGGUGUCGAAGUGGAGGGUCACGCUGCCGAUGAAUGGAGAACUGCCUGAAGGCACUGAUGAUAAUGGGACUGAUAUCCCGGAUCCUGAGUGGAUUAUCAUUUUAAACGCUAUUUCUCUCGCCUGCGGCUUCUUCGGGAAUAUCAGUCUGUUGUUCAAUUUUACGCAGAGGAUCAGGUAUAUUGUUGCUUUGCCCGUGACGAUCAUUUCGUGGUAUAUUGCCACUGGUAUCCUCAUUGCAAUCACUGUUGCCAUGAACAAGUACGUGCCGCCUGUAAGACCAGGAGAGACCUACUCGCAAGGCUUCUGGUACGCAAUUAUUGCCGCAGUUCUUUACCUGAUCGGCUCCAUGAUGCUGAUGGUCAAUAUGCUGGGUUACUUCCUCGGACAUUACCCUCAGCAUUUUGAUCUCGAUGAUGAUCAGAGGACGCUUAUUCUCCAGACCAUGAUGUUCUUUUUCUGGCUGGCAGGAGGAGCGGCCGUCUUUCAAAAAGUCUGUGGAAUGUCCUACGCCAACGCUCUUUACUUUUGCGAUGUAACUGUGCUCACGGUAGGAUUCGGCGAUGUAAUAGCGAACAACGAUGCUGGGCGUGGAUUGGUCUUUCCAUAUUCCGUGAUAGGAAUUAUAUUCCUGGGUCUUAUGAUCAACAGUAUUCGAAAAUUCACUGUGGGCAUAUCCAAGGACAACAUCAUCAAGAAGCACCAGCUCAACCAGCGAGAGCGGACUUUCAGCCGUACACGUAGGGCUGCGGGAAAGGGACCAAUCGCCAGAAGGGCAAAACAUCGAGAGAAGCUCAUUCUGCUAAAAGAAGAGAAAGAUCGGUUUGAUGCCAUGCGAGACAUUCAAGCCCAUACCAACCGCUUCAAGCAGUACUACGCACUGUCCAUGUCCGUCCUGGCGUUCGGAAUUCUCUGGUGCGUAGGAGCACUUGUCUUCAUGUACGCAGAAGCACGCAUUCAGAAUCUGAGCUACUUCGAUGCCCUGUACUUCUGCUAUGUUUCGCUCCUGACAAUCGGCUAUGGCGAUUUCAGCCCGCGCUCGAACGCGGGGAAACCUUUCUUCGUCGUGUGGUCCAUCGUUGCCGUUCCUACCAUGACGAUCUUGCUUUCCGACAUGAGUAACACUGUCGUCUCCGCUAUAAAUCGCGGCACUUUUACUCUCGCCGACUGGACCGUGAUGCCUAAAGAAGGCAUCUGGCGGGAUUUUGUGCUCAGGCAUCCUAAACUGUCAAAUUGGUUAGAGAACCGCACUCAGAAGGUCGAGGAGAGAAAGCGGCUAGAAGAGGGCUUCCAAAUACAGGACCCAGACGAAGCAGUCGGGAUUCCGAGUAACGAUCAAGAAGACUCCGUGCGAGCACUCACUCUGGAGAAGCUUGCGCACGAGGAUCCGAAAGUCACGGAACAUGAUUUAGCAAGAAAUUUGGCGCUAGCGAUCAAGAAAACGGCGAAUGAUUUACGGGCUGAUACCAAGAAGAGAUACAGCUAUGAGGAGUGGGUUGAAUUCACACGGUUGAUACGCUUUAGCAGCGCGGAGAGACCCGAAGAAGUCGACGAGGAAGAGGAAGAGGAAGGACUGAUUGAGUGGGACUGGAUCGGGGAGGACAGUCCGCUGUUAGCUGAUGUCAGUGAAAGCGAGUGGAUCUUGGAUAGGCUAUGUGAGAGUUUGAAUCGCUACACGAGGAAGCAGGCGAGAGAUACGAAACGGCAUAACCUCGAGCACGAACACGAACACGAGCACGAGCACGGCAGAGACGUUACGAUCCACUCUCCAGAGGACCCCCAGCUCAGCGGGUCCUCUCCAAAAGGAAAGAAACGGCGCCGUGAUGGUCACCACAUCGAGACGAACCCUGCGCACCCUGAGCCGAGGAACCUGCAGCCACGUUUGCGCACGCGGUCACGACCUCAUGACGGCGCUGCUGAUGGUGAUGGCGGGCUGAGAAGCCCUGUGCUGAGGAGGGCUCCGUUCGGGGAUGAAGUAGUGAAAUUGGAGAGCGUGGCUGCGAAUGGGGAUCGUGAUCCCAGAAAGGGCAGUAGCGGUGGGAGAGCGCUCACUUCGGCUGUUAGCAGGGAGGAUCACGCUGCUGAGUCUCAGUAA